AUGCCUUCCGGAUUAAAGAAUGCCGGCGCCACUUACAUGAGGGCAAUGACCACCGUCUUUCAUAAUAUGAUGCACAAAGAAAUUGAGGUGUAUGUGGUUUACGUUGUCGUCAAGUCCCGUGUAGGUGAGGACCACCUCGAACAUCUACGAAGUUUCUUUGAUAGGCUCCGCAAGUACGAUCUGAAGUUAAAUCCUGCAAAAUGUGCAUUUGGAGUGCCUGCCGAAAAGUUACUGGGAUUCAUAGUCAGUCGUCGGGGUAUCGAGCUGGACCCCACCAAUAUCAAAGCAAUCCAAGAGCUACCACCUCCUAGAACAAAGAAAGAGUACGUCGCGCAAAAGGCAGUCAAAGGGCAGGCAUUAGUAGACCUAUUGGCAAGAAGCCCAGUAGAUGACAAUCCAGUACCUUUAUGGACUUACUUUCCAGAUGAAGAAAUAAUGACAAUUGAAGGUGAGGAAAGCGAAGACAAGUCAGGAUGGAAAGUAUACUUUGAUGGAGCAGUCAAUUUUAAAGGAUCAGGGAUCGAAGCCAUUUUGGUUUCAGACUCAGGCCAAUAUUAUCCAGUGGCGGCUAAGUUAAAUUUCAAUUGCACUAACAACAUGGAUGAAUAUGAAGCCUGCAUCUUAGGUUUACGCUUAGCUCUCAACAUGGAUGUGAAAGAUCAUUAG